AUUGUACCCACUCCAUUACGUAUUGGUUUCCUAGGACUAGGUAUUAUGGGACAGGGUAUGGUGAUGAAUUUAUUGAGAUCAGGACAUGAAGUUACAGUGUGGAACAGAACAGUACAGAAGUGUAAAGAGUUUGUAAAAGCUGGAGCAUUACGUGGCACGUCACCAUCAGAUGUUAUAACAUCAUCAGAUAUAACUUUUACCUGUGUAUCAGAUUCACUAGCUGUUAGAGAUUUAGUAUUUGGUAAUCAAGGGGUAUUACAAGGAAUAACUAAAGGAAAAUGUUAUGUAGAAAUGUCUACUAUUGAUGAAGAAACAGUUCAAGAUAUAGCAGAGGCAAUAAUGGCACGAGGCGGAGUAUUUUUAGAGGCACCAGUUUGUGGAAGUCGUGUACCAGCUCUAGAGGGUCAACUAGUCAUUCUCACCUCUGGAGACAGAAAACUAUAUGAUGAUUGUUAUUCAUGUUUCGAAGCUAUGGGCAAAAAAUCUUUUUACUUAGGAAAUGAAGUAGGAACAGCAUGUAAAAUGAAGUUAGUUAACAAUAUGCUAUUAGGCUCUAUUAUGAGCAGUUUGAGUGAAACUAUGGCAUUAGCAGAGAAAGUUGGUUUAGAUCAGGAAGAUUUAACAGAGAUUCUUUCCCUUGGAUCAUUAGCAUGUCCCUCCAUUAUUCACAAGUCACAAGCUAUUAUGAAUGGUAAAUACGACCCACACUUCCCACUACAACAUCAACAGAAAGAUUUACGAUUAGCGAUAAGUCUAGGUGACAGAGUAGAACAACCCUUACAUAUGGCUUCAGCAGCUAAUGAGAUGUUCAAAAAAGCCAGAAGUUUAGGAUAUUCAGAAGCUGAUAUGUCGGCAGUGUACAAAAGUUGUAUUUCAUAA